CGUCCAGUUGGGGGUGAUAUAUCCACUGGCAGGGCACAAUUAUGGGACCUAGUGACAGCCCGUGUCAAGGUGGUGUAUUCUUUUUAACAAUCAAUUUUCCCUUCAAACCAUCUAAGGUUGCAUUUACUACAAGAAUUUAUCAUCCAAAUAUAAACAGUAAUCACAGCUUUACUUUCACUUUUCUGCAAUCACAGUGGUCGCCUGUUUUAACUAUUUCCAAGGUUCUUCUAUCCAUUUGUUCAUGGCUAUGUGAUCCAGGCCCAGAUGACCCCCUAGUGCCAGAGGCUGCAGGGAUCUUUAAAGCAGACAGAGAUAAGUGCAACAGAACGUCUUGA